AUGCCUCUCAUUGGAGUGAAGAAUGUUGUGCUGGUCCUUUCCGGAAAAGGAGGCGUGGGGAAAUCUUCCGUCACACUCCAGCUCGCGCUUGCGCUCUCGCUCCAAGGCAAAUCUGUCGGAAUCCUUGACAUCGACCUGACCGGGCCUUCAAUGCCACGCCUCGUCGGACUUGAAGAUGCAAAGAUCACACAAGCGCCAGGCGGAUGGAUGCCGGUAUCAGUUCAUGGGGCCGAAUUCGCCGCCGAAGCCGACACUUCAGCGCCCUCAACACAACUACACCGCGGCUCCCUUCGUUGCAUGUCCCUGGGCUUCCUUCUCCGCGAUCGGGGCGACGCUGUAAUCUGGCGCGGACCAAAGAAAACGGCUAUGAUCCGCCAAUUCCUCUCAGAUGUUUUCUGGGGCCCGACUGAUUACCUGCUAAUCGACACGCCUCCCGGAACGAGUGACGAGCACAUUGCGCUAGCUGAGCAGCUGCUCACCCUCUCCACCACAGAUGCGGCGGCUGCUGCGCAAACAGACUUACCUCGACUUGCUGGUGCAGUCCUUGUUACAACGCCGCAGGCUGUGGCAACCUCUGACGUGCGCAAAGAGGCGAACUUCUGUGUUAAGACCAAGAUUCCCGUGCUUGGAGUCAUCGAGAAUAUGUCCGGUGGAGGAGGACAGGUAAUGGCCCAGGAAUUAAGCCUUCCAUUUAUGGGCAGCGUGCCUAUUGAUGUGAAAUUUGGAGAAUUGGUGGAAGGAAAGAUGGAGGCUGGGGAUAGUGAUGAGGACGAGGAGAGUCCAGAGAGUCAACCACAAGGUACUCCUGCUGAGCCUGAUGAUCGACCGCUCGUUGAACGAUACCGGGAUACCUGGUCUUAUCCUCGAUUUGAGGGAUUUGCGCAGACCUUGAUGAGCCGUAUUGAGGGUCCGACUCCCAUAUAG